AUGGCAAGGAAGAUCAUCACCAACACCAGGGAGCGAUGGAGGCAGCAAAAUGUUAACAGUGCCUUCGCCAAGCUGAGGAAACUCAUUCCCACCCACCCACCAGACAAAAAACUGAGCAAGAAUGAGACACUCCGGUUAGCUAUGAGAUACAUCAACUUCCUUGUCAAGAUCCUGGGGGAGCCUGGCCUGCAGCAGACAGCAGUAGCAGCGCGGGGCAGCAUCCUGGAGUUCUUCCAGCAAGCCCCACACUUGCAAAGCAUGGAGGAGCUGACUCUGAUAGAAAACUGUGGAGUCUCAUCUCCUGGCAUGAGCAGCAACAUCGUAGAGUGUUGGUCAGAGACAUCAUUUCCCUAGCAGACUUGGUGUUAGUCUGACAGACCUGCUCUUUCUGCAGAAUCUAUGGGUUUCUUCUCUAGUUACAGUGAUUAUUUAUUAUUGGUUUAUUUGGUAUAUUUUUAUCUAAUAGGAAAGAAAAUCCUUGGUCAGCCAACAACCUGCAAGACUGGACAGAGAACUUGCAGCCCCUGGGAACCUGGAAUGACUUACUGCUGCCACAGCAGAGUCCAACACAGAAGGGCCUUCUGCCCUGAUGUCCUCCAUAAAUCAGGCCAUAGAAAUUCAUCCAGUGUUUCUGGCAUGGAAGCAGAUUAUUCUUUCAUGAGGAAACUCUGCUGAGCUCAAGAAUGAUGACUGCACCACAAAAUUUGUCCAAGACAGACAUCUGGCCUCAGUAGUGAAAGAUUUUGAGAGAUGCAACGUUUGCCACAGUUCUCCAAUAGUGGUUCCAGGGGCUGACUACAUUGACUCUUCAGACUGUGGAUCUUAUUUCCAGCUCUUUUUUUUUUUUUAAAUACAAGCCCUAGCCCUUGAACCUGGCUGCAUCUUUCUCCAUCAUAAUGGAGAGAUCACUAGUGUCAGAGCAAAAUGCUAUUAAAAAAUUUAAACAUAAGGUUGAAAGAAAAAUGUCAAUUUACAAUAAAAGUAGACAGUCAUAGAUGAGUUUCAGUGGUAAACCUCCUCUGUAGCAGUGACAGUGUGCAAGGCAAGAAAGUUGAUCAGCAACGUUCCAGCUGCCUUAAAGGUUGUCAGAUUGUUAGCUAAGUAUCUUUGUUCUUCAACAGCUAUAGAUAGCUAUGGGUGUAGGUCUUCUUUUGGGAGGGAGGUCCUAGGUGAAAGGCAUUAAUGAGGCACUGUGAAAACCUUCAGGAAAUGUCAGUGAGCAGUGCCCCUCCUAUGCCAGAGUGCAGAAGGAGCUGCAGCGUGUCUGGGCCUGGCAGAAGAUUGCUGGGCAUGCACCGCUGCUGGACUGCAGUGCCCCUCCGGCAUUAAGCUCCUGAACAGCUCUGCUUUUGCUCCUUCAGGGAGCAGAACUGAGCUGCACUCAGCUUUGCUGUCACCUGUAACACCCUGGUGCUAUGAUGCCGGGCUGAGUGAAGCUGGGUUGAUGUCUGGCCCAGGCAGGGUACCAAGACCACGGACAAGACUAGGGGUAUGCUGCUUGCAUACCCAGCUGACUACCUUUAAACUCCCCGCUUUCACCUGCUGUGCUUGAGGUUUCUGCAUCUGGACACUAUCCUAAAUGGGCUGAUGGAGCAAACACAAAGAAAUUGGUGUAAAGGCCUUUCACUUGAUUCACUGGGUCACUUCCCCACAGGAUAUUCCAGCCAUCAUGCUGUAGGUGUUUAGAUGCCAAGCAAGACUAAAAGAGGUCUCAUGAAGGUGACCAUUGUGGGUUGUUGCCCACAAAUUAAUUUAAUUUCCUGAUUAAGUUAUAACCUGUGCCAACAGAGGUCUGGAUUACUCAUGCAUGUUAUAAAGUUGCCCAGAGCAACAGAAAACCUGACACCAGGUUUAAGUAGAAGUGCUUCCUAGUCAGAUCCUGCUCCCACUGACACAGGUCCUUUUGAUCUCCAUGUGGACCAAGGUAUAUGUCAAUGCUUAGAAAAGACAACUGUUCACCACUGGUGAAGAAAUGGAGCUCCCAUGUGUGAAGGCACAUCCCUGGGCUGUUUCUGUUUAUCCUUGAGACACUGAUCUGCCUUCAGGAAGCAGAGAUAGGGUUCAUGCAUGUAACACAUACAGCACUUCCGUGUGAUGGGAUUUGGCACCCAAAGCUGAGCUGCCUUUCAAAGCCUCACCAACCAUCAGGUGACCAAAGAAGCCAAGGCUGGCUCCUGCUAAGCAUGUAUUGGGUGUCUGACAGGAACAAAGCUUACCUCAUCCAGGGCUGGUGCUGUAAAGCACAGGCUUGCCAGUGUACAGAUUUUGACCAAAGGAAAAAGAAAAGGAAAACCCAAAAUUGUUCAUGGUGAUUUCAUUUUGUUUCUGAACACUGCUAAUCUUCAGUUUGCUUACCCCUGAUUUCUGAGCUGUCAGGGCUUGAGACUCCACUGGAGAACAGCUAAAUGGAAAUACACUGAAUGUUUUUUUCACGGUCCAUAAAAUCAGUGCUGUUUUCUCCCCACCUCUGCCUGCUUUGAUGUUACUAUAUGGAGUCACAGACACUUCCACAGAGCACCUCAAGCGUAAUGAGCCAAGUCCUCCUCCCUGCUUUCUGUUGACUUACUGGGUGUUACAGCAGGAUAAAUUAGUUGAAGUAGAUGAGAGCACUUAUUGGCAAGGUGUGGUAAGGGCUAUUUGGUCUAUCGUCAGCCACUUGCUAUCCUAAGAAACACAUGUCAGCAAGGCAAGCCCAAACAUCUUAUGAGCAGAGUUAUUGUCCAGGGAAGGAGAAGAAAACCUUGACAUUUUCUAACAUUAUGUGCUUUUUAUAUUUUCUGUCCUAAAAAUCUUCCCUUCUUGUUAUUGCUUUGGAUAAUAUCAAUGCUUUGUUUGUUCUUUCCAUUUAGAAGCUGUCUACUCUCAUGUUCAGCAUGUAUUUGACUAGAUCUAUCUACCAAAGAUUUUUGUUUUGGUCAGGUUUCUUCCUCACCUUUUGUGGAUUUCUUAUCUGCAUGAUCAUGAACAAACACAGUGUACCCGAUCACAUUUUGUACUAUAUGAUGUUAUUUGACAUCUAAUAUAUUCCAAAUAAAUUAUUUAAGGAACUAA